AUGCUCGUUUUAUGUGUCCACGCUUCACACGUUUACGACAGAGUUCACUCACAAACCAGCAUUCCUCAGAUACAAAUAUGGGCCCGUAAGAAAGCCAUCGAAGACGGCCAUGGUGAUUAUGCCUUGAGUAUAACUGGGCCAAUCCUCAAGUUUUUUGAAAACUAUUACAGUGUACCAUAUCCACUUUCAAAAUCAGACCAGAUUGCCCUGCCUGAUUUUUACUUUGGGGCGAUGGAGAAUUGGGGUCUGGUGACGUACAGGGAGACAAACCUUCUAUAUGAUCCAGUCAUCUCCUCCAAUGCAAACAAAGAGAGAACGGCCACCAUUAUAGCCCAUGAACUGGCACACAUGUGGUUUGGCAACCUUGUGACUCUAAAGUGGUGGAAUGAAGUUUGGUUAAAUGAAGGUUUCGCGUCUUAUGUAUCAUAUCUUGGUGCAGACUUUGCUGAAUCGUCCUGGGAAGUGAAAGACUUGAUCAUCCUUAAAGACGUACACCGUGCUUUUGCUGUGGAUGCUCUGGCCUCCUCCCAUCCCCUGUCUUCGAAGGAGGAAGAUAUUAUAAAACCAGAGCAGAUCACCGAGCAGUUUGAUACAAUCUCCUACAGCAAGGGGGCGUCGGUGUUGAGAAUGCUGUCAGACUUCCUUACUGAGUCUGUGUUCGUGCAAGGACUAAAUACAUAUCUCACCAUGUUCGCCUAUCAAAAUACAGUCGGUGAGGAUCUGUGGAACCACCUUCAAACUGCUGUUGAUGUGAGUGGAACAGUUCUUCCAUUAAGUGUCAAAAAAAUCAUGGACCGCUGGGUUCUUCAGAUGGGCUUCCCGGUGGUCUUGAUCAACACUACGACAGGCCAGGUCUCUCAGAUGCACUUCCUUCUGGAUCCUGAGUCUUCCUUACAGAGGCAGUCUCCAUUCAAUUAUGAAUGGAUUGUACCCAUCAACUGGAUGAAGGCAGAGGUGGAACAGUCACGCUUUUGGCUCACAGAAAAAACUGUUUAUCACUCUGAUAUGAAGGCAACUGGAAAUGAAUGGGUGCUGGUGAAUCUGAACAUUACUGGAUAUUACAGAGUAAACUAUGACACUGAGAACUGGGAGCGUCUUCUGAAUCAACUGACAGAGAACCAUACGGUCAUUCCAGUCAUCAACAGAGCUCAGAUAGUGGAUGAUGCAUUUAAUCUUGCAAGGGCAAAGAUAAUUCCUGUCACUCUAGCCCUAAAUACUACAAAGUACUUAUCUGAAGAACGAGAAUACAUGCCAUGGCAGUCUGCGCUCAACAACCUGGAUUAUUUGUACCUCAUGUUUACACAAACUGAUGUCUAUGAACUCUUACAGAACUACACCAGGAAGCAGGUGACCCCCCUUUUUGAACAUUUUAAGACUAUUACCGAAAAUUGGUCGCAUGUGCCCACUGGCCAUACAGACCAGUACAAUCAAGUUAAUGCCAUUAGAUUUGCCUGCAGCACUGGUGUAGAUGAGUGUAAAAAUCUCACUAAAGGCUGGUACAAACAGUGGAUGGACCAAGCAAACCACAACCCAAUUCACCCCAAUUUAAGGUCUGCAGUGUACUGCAGUGCUAUUGCCUCAGGUGGCACUGCCGAGUGGGACUUUGGCUGGCUGAUGUUUAAGAACGCCACCAUCGGAAUAGAAGCUGAUAAACUCAUUUCAGCCCUGGCUUGUGCAAAGGAUACCACACUUUUAAAAAGGUACCUUGGAUACACGCUUGACGCAUCGAUGAUCCGUAAACAGGACGCUUCCUCUGUUAUUGUGUAUAUAUCCAGCAACCCGGAUGGUCAGACAUUGGCUUGGGAUUUUGUCAGGAAGAACUGGGUGUAUAUGUUCACAGAGUACGGUGUGGGGUCUUUUAACUUUGCCAGCCUUAUAAGUGGCAUAACCAAAACAUUUUCAACUGAAUCAGAACUUGAGCAGCUUCUGCAGUUUAAGAGAGAUUCAGAGAUCGGCUUUGGAUCAGGGACUGCAGCUCUGGAGCAGGCCAUCGAGAAGACAAAAGCCAAUAUAAAAUGGGUGGCUGAAAACCAGAGAGAAAUCUCAGACUGGCUGAUGGCUGAAUCUGUUUAAAAUCCACAAAGACAAAACCUUUGUGUAUAUGUGUAAUGAUAAAGAGAAACAUUUUUGCAUUGCAUUACCAGGUGGGCAGUGUAUAUAAAGAAAAAAAACUUUACAAAUAUUUAAAUUGUUAUGAUGUUAAUUUUGAUUGUUACAUUUUGAUUUGUUCUGUAAUCAUAUACAUACUCUGAAGGAACCACAACAUGGUCAUAUGGCACUCUACUCUUCUGUUGUAUCAUAUAAAAAUAAACUUAAAGUUUAAAAUA